AUGACGAUGAAUAAAAAUCGAACAUCUGCCAACUCUAUUCACAGUAGCUUAUGGAUGAGAGAUCUGCAUUCUGGUACAAAAUCACCAAGAAGACAUUACAAUACUGGUCGACUACCUCAAACCUCAUCAAUACGAAUAGCAGCAACGGACAAUGAACAAUGUCAAACACCUUUGAAGCUACAAGGUUGGCUGAAAGGUGAUACAAAUGAGGCAAUAAAGUUUUGGGAAAGGGCACUUCUUUUCUUUGAAGAGUUGGACAAGCGUCAAAAUAUUUCAGAUAAAAAUAGAGCUGAAUUGAAACAAUUGAAAGCCAAAUACAAAGAGCAUGAAGAACAAAUCAAUCAAAUAAAAUAG